AUGCGGGGUUCCAAGGUGCUGGCUCGUUCUGCCGGCAAAGGCCUGCGGGCCUUCGCCUCGGGCCAGAGGGGAUCGGACAAGUCCGGGGCCAAGCCUGGCGAGGCGGUGUUUGUGUCCGCCAAGCAAGCCCGCAACCACCCCGCUGCCAUCGCCAAGGCUGGUCCUCGUGCCAGCCCCCCAGUGCCGGCAGCAGGCAAGCCCGGGCCCGUGCCUGUCCCGCCUCCCGGGCCACCUCCGAGUACUGGGCCGGGAGCCGGUCCCGGUGCCGGGCCGGGUGCUGCCCCAUCGACCAACUGGCUGCUGAGCAAGAGCCUCCCUGUGGACGUGCGCCUGCUGGGUCUGGGGCUGGCCGGGACGGCCGCGGCAGCAUACGCGGUCUGGGACGGCGGCGACAAGGCCCCUGGGUCGAGUGCAGGGGGAAAGACAGACCCGGGAUCUCUAGAGUCGGGGCCCGUUCCGCUGGCAAAGGAGCCUCAUGAGCUGCAGGACCCUUAUGCGGUCACGCCCCCGCCCGAGGAGGAAAGGGAGGAGCAUGUGCGUGGGCCGGACGCGACGCCCAGCGGGGCCCCUGAGUCUGAUGCCGAGGCGGCGGCGCAUCCACGCCCCGCCGGCCAGGAUGACGGCGAGGGCGACGCCGGCGAGGCGGAGGCUGUGUAUGUGGACAGCAAUGAGGUGCUGGCCGCACUUCAGGACGCGCGCGAGCUGGCGCUGGCACAUGCGCGUGCGGUGGAGACUGAGCGCCGCGCGCGGGCGCCGGAGCUGGACGCCGCGCGCCUGCGCCUGGCCGCGCUGGAGACCGCCUUCCGCCGUCGCUCCGACGAGCGGCGGUCCAGCGCCGCUGCGCACGCCAUCACGCUGGGCGCGCUGGGCGUAAAUGCUGCUCUGGAGCAGGGCCUCCCCCUGAAGGAGCCGCUGGGCAUGCUGGGGUCCGCUGCCGCCGAUGACCGCCUCGUGGCUGCCACGCUGGCGGCGCUGCCUGCGGAUGGCGCCCCACUGCCCACGCGCACCCAGCUGGCGGAGGAGCUUGCGAAGGUGGAAAGCACCGCCAAAGAGCUGGGCUUCCUGCCCGCAGAGGGCGGGGGCCCUCUCACCCUUGCCGUGGCAAAGCUCGCAGCCAAACUCAAGGUGUCGGAGCGCGGAACACCCCAGGCGGGGGCGUCCUCCUCCCCCACCCUGGACCAGGCCCUGGCGCGCGCCAGGGACGAGCUGGCCAAGGGGCGCCUCACCCACGCUGCGGCUGCCCUAGAGAGCGCCGCCGGCGGAACAGCAGCGGGGCCCCUGGUACAGGCCUGGGUGUCCGAUGCGCGGCGGCGUGCCGUGGUGGAGCAGGGUGCCAGGCUCUUGGGCGCCCAUGCAGCUGCGAUAUCCGCGUCGCUGACCUGA